AUGUCUGGCAAAUACGUCUUCACCAAGGGCCUGAAGGAGCUCCGCUUCCUCUUCUGCCAGACCUCCGAGCAGAGCGCCGCCACAAGAUCCUUCAUUAAUCGCGCCUACCCCACCAUGAAGAAGCACAACCCGCACACUCCCAUUAUGAUGCGCGAGGCCUCCGGCACCGAGCCGCGAGUCUUCGCCCGCUAUGAGCUUGGAAAGGAGAAGCAGGAGGCCCUGUCUGGACUCUCGGAUUCCCAGAUCGAAGAGCGCAUCACGAACCUGGUCAAGCAGUCAUAA